UUUUUUCCCUCCAGAUCAGCUUCAUGCUGCUCACGUUCGCCUUCUCAACCAGGUCCAGCUCAGGGUUCAGUCCUGCAGAUACAGUGGCCAUCAUGUUCUGCUCCACCCACAAAUCUCUCACUCUGGGUAUUCCCAUGUUGAAGAUCGUCUUCGAAGGCUACGAGCACCUGUCCCUGAUCUCCGUCCCCCUCCUCAUCUACCAUCCAGCCCAGAUCCUGCUCGGUUCUGUCCUGGUGCCGUCCAUCCGGAGCUGGAUGUUGAGUAGACAGAAGGUACCCACAAAAACUGCCUCGUCUCCUACACUCGUUCCUGAACACGACGUGCAUGAGGAGGAACGAAACAGUUCCUGA